GGCAGCGGCGGCUGCAUUUCGGUGCAGAGUCCGAGACAGCUGAAGCGGUCAGACAAGUGGGCAGGCAGGCGAACGGUCAGGCAGCAUGGCGGUAGAGGAAGAGGGGCUUCGCGUCUUCCAAAGCGUGAAGAUCAAAAUAGGAGAAGCCAAAAAUCUUCCUACUUAUCCGGGGCCAAACAAGAUGAGGGAUUGCUACUGUACUGUAAACCUGGACCAGGAAGAGGUUUUCAGGACCAAAAUAGUGGAGAAAUCACUAUGUCCCUUUUAUGGAGAAGAUUUUUACUGUGAAAUUCCUCGGAGUUUUCGGCACCUGUCCUUUUACAUUUUUGAUAGAGAUGUAUUCAGGAGGGAUUCCAUCAUAGGAAAAGUGGCCAUACAGAAGGAAGACCUCCAGAAGUACCAUAACAGGGAUACUUGGUUUCAGCUGCAGCACGUUGAUGCUGAUUCAGAAGUCCAGGGAAAGGUUCAUCUUGAGAUGAGGCUGAGUGAAGUCAUUACGGACACUGGUGUCAUUUGCCAUAAACUUGCUACCCGAGUUCUAGAGUGCCAAGGCCUUCCAAUAGUGAACGGACAGUGCGACCCUUAUGCCACAGUAACCUUAGCAGGACCAUACAGAUCAGAAGCAAAAAAGACAAAAGUGAAAAAGAAGACCAACAACCCCCAUUUUGAUGAAGUAUUUUAUUUUGAGGUUGGUGUUUUAGGGGAAUGGGUGAUAAGUUGA